AUCCGAAUCUAGGCGCCCUGGACCGUAGACUUAGAUAGUCGACGAAGAAACAAUUCUGCGGUGAGUUGCACCGGCCGCGCACCACAUAGCACCGCGCAUUGCAACAAAUCUCCCGGGCAAUGGCUCCACGCCCAUUCAAGUUGCACAUUCCCUCCCUUCGUUCAAAGUCCUUACUUGCAAUAAUGGUCUCCGGUGCCAGCGGCCACAUUGCUCUGCGGGAAUUCAGGGUGAGGGAUUACCAUGAGAUGGGCAAGAUUCGACCCUACUGGUGUCCCGGACCGUUUCAUGUUGCUGAUUUCUUUUCCGAGUCGAAGCUAUUAAAGAAGAAUCUACUCACCACCAAUGCCUACAGAUUUUGCUACUUCUAGUAGAAAAAUGCCCCAUCCCUAUCACUUCAAGUUGAAGUUGCCAGUGAUCUGCGCGACAGGUCGAACAGGACGGCGUGCUCUAGAGGCGUACUCAUCUGGGGACCAAUGUCCGGCUUAGGGAUACUAGUCCCAUGCUCCCUGGCUGCCAAAGGCGGCUGGGUUGAAUACCCGGAGCUUCGUAGACGUAAAUAAAGACCGUAUGUGCCCAUAUACUGUACGUGCCCAUAUCAUAAUACCGUAGGUAUGAUUCAUAGCACUACCUACGGUACGGUACCGUAGGUAAAUUAGCAGAUGAGAGCGACCUAGCUUCUUCCCCCAGGCUUAGAGGACGGCAAUGAUGAGCAAUGUCUAUCUCCCGCCCAGUGGAGAGGCACCAUGACUCCAAGGGUCGCUCUGUGUUGGCUUCCCAGUUUGGUGUCGGGGAAACUUUUGUUUGCGAUGUACGGCGUAACGAGCCGUGCCGGGGGCUGCAACAAAGGGCGACUGUUGGAGAUGGUAGAUAACUUGCGGCAACAGGACGUCGUCGACGUGUACACUUUUGCGAAUGCCGUUUCAGUCAUCGACAGCGUGUCGGUUUCGUCCCUGGAAGACAGUAAUUUUCUUGCCUCCUUCUCGGACACUUACGAGCGUGAAAGGCAGCACAUUGUUGACGAGCACGUGGCGGCUUACUGUCGGCUCCACGCGUGCUCCUAUGCGAAGGGCGGAAUGCAUCGCCACAAAGGUGCUCUCAUGCGAAAACAAUCCAUCUCAUUUGGAUACUGAUUUUAGGCAACAAGACAAUUUACUGGAACCCCUACACGCCUGCGAUGACCAAGAACGCCGUGCGGCAGCUCUACGAGGAAUGGCGCGUGAGUCGAUAUUUGGCGAGGUCGAAUGCCAAAUACGACGCCGUCGUCGCCGUCACUGCCGACAUUUUCCCCUUCUACAAUAUUUCCAAGGGCGACGUCGACGCUGUCAAAGCGAACGAGGCGCUCGUCUAUGGCACUCGGAACACUGACGCGAACGGAUUCACGAACGGUUUCUUUCUCGGUUCCCAUUCGGCCAUGCAAAAGCUCCUGGGUCGCUGGGACCUGGGCGAGACCCUGUUUCCUAACGCAGGCGACUUCGAGUUCCAGGUUCGAGAAACCUUCGAAAAAUACGGGUUUCGGCGAGUACUCUUCACGGGCAUGCCCCAGGAACAAUGUGCCUCAUUUGUAAAGAUUCGACGUAGUCGCCAACACAAUUGCGUCUUUGGCAUGAAACCAAGAGACGAAGCCACCCUCCGGCGAGCGGGCUGCCUCGUGAGUCGACGUGCGAAGCCACCGUGACCCUGCUUUGAUUUAGUCAGAAUGUAAACAAGCAAGACUGGCAAUCACCCCCCUAGCAGCGCACCCAUGAUACGCCCCAGGCUGUGAAUCACCCCGGGCCCUCCGACGGCCCCGGCCCGUCCGAGCCGGGGAUUGGGCCCCGGGUAGGCUUCCCGGGAAGCUAGAGGAGGAAGCCGAAUUUCCAGAUUCGUUCUUGGAACUGAGGCACCUGGGGGCAUCCUAAGGACGCCUCGACACCGCUUUACUCGGGAGAGAUGACUUUCGCGGUGGGACACGGCUCUAAGGGACGGGGCCACGAGUACCACUGGCAUCAUGAUAGUGUCAAGUUGCCCUGUCAUGUUGGGACCCUCAUGUUUCGUUUUUUUUUUGCCAAAACGAAAGCCGCCCACGCCGGUGAUGUAGUCUCCCGAGGACCCUUAGGUACCUGUUGCGUGGGGUGGAUUCGCAAACUUGCCAGUGGCCAUUUAGCUUGAUGGUGUGCCAAAAGCAUACCAAAAGCAUCGCCCGGCUCGACGUCCGCGGCGCGAGAUGGGCAUCAGGUACCCCUAUAUCUCUCUUCUACUAGUAUAUGGCAACCUGAGUAGCAAGUAAUUC